AUAAUAUGUUCAUAUUGCAGAUACAACAUGACUGUGGGCUGAACGUAAAUGUUGAAGAAUAUGUUGAGUUAACUGCGAGACCGUACUUGAUGGAUGUGAUAUACUGUUGGUCAAAGGUUAGGUUUCUAUCUACUAGCCAAUUUCGCACUGAAUUGCUUUUCAUGAUGAUAUCUGAUGCCUUUUGAUAUUUUAUCAUCCAUUUGAUCUUUGUUGACCGUCUUUGGUAAAGGUUGUUGAAGUUGAUGCUUCUAUUUUUCAUGCCCCUGAAGUAGGGGGACUUUUGCCAUCUGCUGCUUCUGUCGAAGUUUCUAUCUGCAGGAUUUGUUGGUCUCAGCAUCAUGUCUAAGUUCUGCCUCCUUUUAUCCCUUUUUCUGUAUUCUGAUAUCGCAUGUCUUCAGAGAGCCAAUUUUUUCGAGGUUAUACAAAUGACCGAUAUAUUUGAGGGAAGUAUUAUAAGACUGGCAAGAAGGCUUGAUGAGUUUCUAAAUCAGUUGAAAGCUGCUGUUAGUGCAGUGGGAGAGGCCAAUCUGGAGAACAUGUAUGCAGAGGCAAGUGCCAGCCUCCGUCGAAGUAUUAUGUUUGCCAACUCCCUUUACUUGUAGCUGCGAUGGUUGCAUCAUCUAACAAGUUAUACAAGCCUUCAAAUUGUAGUCCAUUGUAUAAAUGUAAGAUCUUUGUGUUUACAAAAUUUAGGAAGCCAUUAAAGAGUUAUGAAUAAGCAGAUUCUCCAUACCUUUUAAUUGUAAUCUCAGUUUUGACCAAGGGUAGGUUUCAAAUGGAAUAUUGUUUUGUUUUUUAGCUA